AUGACACUUCUACAAUUUGAAGAUCUUCUACAAUCAGAAGGAGACGAGGAAUAUGAGGAAUUUGAAGAAUUCGAUGAUACGAUAAUAGAAAUACCGCUCAAUAAGCUACAACCCAAAACAAUCAAUGGUCUGGCCAAACCUAACUAUUCAAAGUUCAGACCAUCCAAAGGGAGUCCUCUCAGAAAUGCUGUGGCAAACAGAGAUCCGAGUGCUACUCCUUCAAAAGCAUUGGCAUUGGGAGAGCUAGCUAAUAGCUCUGUUGACGCUCAUGCUACAAACGAUGAAUACGCAACCUCUCCACCACCCAAUACCCACUUUAACAAAGAUUUUCUUUCGAGAAAGAAUACAAUAGGCAAGGAGGCAAUACGUAGUUCAUCUGGAAGGAUUGGAGCAGAAAUCGAGGAGUCCAGAAAACUAGAUGCUCACGUCACUCCUGCUUCGCCCAUAUUACCCAUCUGGGAACCCACGUACCCCAAGGUUGUCAAUUCUCAUGAUACUCAAGACAGGCAAUCACCAGAUGACCCACCACCAUUUGAACCUCCAAUUGAAUCAGCUUCCUUGAAAGCCAGGCAGUGCAUAAUAGAUAAGGUAAACACUACAUUAGAGUCGCUCCAAAAGAAGGAGCAUCAAGCCCAACAUCCAACUCCCCGAGAGCCAAACGCUAUUAUCAAUUCGGAUCUCUUGGAUGCGAGAAUUUCCAAAGAUGAUACGGGGUACUCUUUCUCUGAGCCGGAGCCAGAGCAAAAUCUUGAGGCCGCUUCUUACCACAUGAAUGUGGCUAUACACAACAAGGAAGAGCCGGAAUACAAUAUUCCUUCUAUUGUCGACCAAGCUAAUAUUUCCCCUGAAAAGAGUAUAGACCAAAUGAAGGACGACAAUCUUUAUGGGGGUAGUUCCACUCCGAUUGCAAAGUUUGACUCACACAAGUUUGAAUACUGGCUGAACAAAAAAUGGAUGAAAUUAAGGAAAAUUGUGAACCUGGCAACUAUCACUAGAGAAGAUGCGAUCAAUAGUCCGCUAUUAUUGAAUGAAUUUGGCUGUGUGAGUAAGGUAGAGUUUCAGAACAGGUAUGAUUACAUCAAAAAUUUAGAAAUAAAGCAUAGAAAAAGAAAGCUAAGGAAAGAUAGAAUAGGUAAGUGA